AUGAUGAUGAAGAUGAUGAUGAAGAUGAUGAAGAUGACGAUGAGGAGGAGCGUGAACGCGACGCUCUGCAGGAUGAUCGCCUACUUCUGCCUCCACGCCUUCAUCUCCCCGUGCCAGCUUCACCCUCAGCCCUGUGGCAUCCUGGCACAGAUCGGGCACACCAUCCGGCUCGGUGCGCUCCUGCCCGCCGCGCAGCCCUCCCGGUACCGAGCCGCGCUCAGCCGCGCUCUGCUGCACACCAGGAACCAGCCGGGCUCCGGGUUCCCGCCCUACAACGUCAGCGUGGAGCUGGUGUGGGCGCAGGGGGUGCACGCGGACCCCGAGACCCUGGUCAGGAGCGUGUGCCAGGACCUGGUGGUGCGCGGGGUCUCGGCCGUGCUCGCCUUCCCUCAGGACCACCGGCAGCUGGUGCAGAUGGACUUCGUGUCGGCGCUCCUGGAGAUCCCGAUCAUCAGCAUCGUGGAGCGAGGUGAAGCCCUGCGCACCCAGAACCGGUUCCACCUGCAGAUGUUGACCCGCCUCCCUCCGUCCGGAUUGGCCGAGCUGCUGCUGUCCGUUUUGCUGCGCGGGGCGUGGUCAGGUGGGGCGGCGGUCAUCUGCCCGGGCGGAGACAAUACCAGAGUGUUGGAACACCUCCGGAAUCAGGGGCGGACCGGGCUGAACGGAUCGCACUGGCACCUGUGGGAGACUCUGGACCUGAGUGACCAGCGGGGGGCGCCGACCACAGAGGAGGUACCAGACGUAGAACAGGAAGUGCGUGGGCUCCUGGCGCGGCUCCUGAACCGCACCGGCGGGGGUUCCGGCUCCAGCGUGGUGGUGUUGGGAUCCGACCCCGAGUGCAUCGCGGCGGUGCUCCGGGGGGCGGCGGGGAUGGGCCGCGCCCUGUGGAUUUUGGGGCAUCCUUUGAGCCCGGACGCGUUGAGCUCUAUCGGGGCCCCUCCGGGCCUGCUGGCGUACGGCGAGACCGCGCGGCGGCCCCUGAACUCUUACAUACGUGACGCCCUGCAGCUGGUGGGCCGCGCCGUGACCGCCGCCAGCGCCGUGAGACCCGACCUGGCGCUUAUGCAGAACAUGGUCAACUGCUUCCACCAGCCUGAUGAACACGAGGUGCCGUCGUCCGGCCAGUACCUGUCCAGAUUUUUCUCCAACAUCUCGUUCGAGGGUCUGACGGGUCACAUCAGCGUCCGGCGCUCCAGGAUCUUCACCGCCCAUCACUUCCACAUCUGGAGCCUCCGGCGGGACGCUCUGGGUCAGCCCAGCUGGGCCACCGUGGCGGAGUGGCGCUCCGGGAACCUGGAGGUGGACGACCAGAACAUCUGGCUGGACGUGACCAAACGAGCGACAGUCCGGGACGUACCCGUGGAUCCGGGAGAACGCUGGCAUCCUGGAGUCCCCGUCCGGGGGCGCAAACUCCGGGUGGUGACUCUGGUCGAGCACCCGUUUGUGUUCGCGCGGGAGGCGGAUGAUGACGGGCGGUGCCAGGCGGGGCAGCAGUGUUUGGAUCCAAGGACCAACAGGUCAGACGUCCUGGAUCAGCUUUUUAAAGAGCUGGAGGUGGAGAACGGCACCUCGCUGCCGUCAGGGAUGAUCAAGUGCUGCUACGGGUUCUGCAUCGACCUCCUGGAGAAGCUGGCGGAGGAUUUGGGCUUCGGUUUCCAGCUGUACAUCGUCGGAGACGGGAAGUACGGGGCGCUGAAGAACGGGCGCUGGACGGGACUGGUCGGGGAUCUGCGCGGCGGUGUGGCGGACAUGGCCGUCACCAGCUUCAGCAUCACCUCGGCCCGGAGUAAAGUGGUGGACUUCACCAGUCCGUUUUUCUCCACCAGUCUGGCCAUCCUGGUGCGCAGCAAGGACACGGCGACACCCGUGGGCGCGUUCAUGUGGCCGCUGCACUGGUCCGUGUGGGUGGGCGUCUUCAUCACGCUUCACGUCACCGCGCUCUUCCUGACGCUGUACGAGUGGAAGAGUCCGUACGGUGUGACCCCUGACGGGAGGAACCGGGUACGGCUGUUCUCCUACCCGUCUGCGAUGAACCUCUGCUACGCCGUGCUGUUCGGCCAGACCGGUGCCAGGAAGACCCCCGGGUGCUGGACGGGGCGCUUCCUGAUGAACCUCUGGGCCGUCUUCUGCCUGCUGGUGCUCUCCAGCUACACGGCCAACCUAGCCGCCAUCAUGGUGGGUGAGAAGAUAUUCGAGGAGGUGUCGGGAAUCCACGAUGAGAAGCUGCAGCGCCCGUCUCUGGGCUUCCGUUUUGGGACGGUGGAUGAGAGCGGUGCUGAGGACUUCAUGAGAAAGAGUUUUCCUGAGGUUCACGAGUACAUGAGGCUCUUUAACCAGCCCACCACACCACAAGGGGUCGCUACUCUCAGGAUGGAACCCGCUCAGCUGGAUGCGUUCAUCAUGGAUAAAGCUCUGCUGGAUUACCAGGUCUCCAUGGACGCCGAGUGUAAACUGCUGACGGUGGGGAAACCCUUCAACAUUCAGGGUUAUGGGAUGGGCCUCCCUCGCUCCUCCCCUUUGACCCUGAACAUUUCGGAGGUGCUGGGCCGGUACGAGUCGGGAGGGUUUAUGGACCUGCUGCAGGAUCGAUGGUUCAGCGCGGCUCCCUGCACCAGACGCAGCAUCGUCACACAGACUCUACAGAUGGGUAUCCAGCACUUCUCGGGUCUCUUUGUAUUGCUGUGUGUUGGUGUUGCGGGUUCGAUCCUCACACUGCUGAGUGAACACGUCUUCUACAGCUUCAUCCUGCCACACCUGCAGAACCAGCCACGCCUUCAGUACUGGAUCCACACCAGCCAGAAAAUCCACCGAGCGUUAAACACGGUGUGUGAGGAGCAGAAAGCAGGAACAUCAAACACCAACACAAACAUCCCGCUGUGUUUAUCCGAGGGCUGUAACCUUCACCGUCUACCCUCCGCUGAUCCUCCCAUCUCCACCUUCACCAACAGGUUGAACCCCGGUAGCCUGGAGGACACCAGCUCAGACUCCAAAGACGCCAACCACAAGCGAGUCCACUUCAGCAUGGAACAGCUGAACUCGGACAAGACCACCAAGGAACCGGAUGGGUCUGAAAGGGGCAUUAGGGGGCUGGUGGGCAGCCCUCCGACGCAGCUCUACGCCAACGGUGGUGCGUCGUCAGGACUUAGCCUGGUUCUCCUACCCUCCGCCUGCCCCUCCUCAGGACGCUCGUCUUUGUGGGAAGGGGAACUUACUGAACUUGAGGGCAAAAUCGAUGAAUUUCAGGGCCUGUUGAGAACGGCGCUGGCACGGAGGGUCGAGCUUCAGAGGAACCUGCAGAAAGAGAGACAAAGAGAGAUGGAGAGACAGGGCAUCCAACUCUUAAACCUCAAAGACCACAACAAGAAGAGGUGAUGAGAGGAGAAGUGAUGAAGGAGCUGCUUCUACUGGUUCUGCUACACUGAUCCAGUUGUGUGAAGGUCCUACAGGCUGAUAGAUGAUCACCACCAGGGCUUCACAUGAACUCGGUAGUGGGACCUGACCGAUGCAUCAGGAGUUGAUGUUGACAUUGUCCUUCAAAUGUUCUAUAGAACUGCAGAAGGUUCUCAAACCUGUUUGACCAUCAUGUGCCAUCACCAGCAGUGUCGUCGCAUGGUCAUCCAUCCGUCUCAUUCUCAACAAGCUGCCUGAUCGCAGAGAGCUGGCAUCGGUCCUGCUGGCACCUAUUUCCAUCAAUCCCAAAGUGAUGGAAGAAGAUCUUUGAGAUCUUUGAGAGUUCCCUACUGAUUUAACCAUUGUUAAUCCUGCCUGUACCACCCCCUGCUGGCCAAGGAGAGCGAUACCGCCAUUCUUUCCCCUCCGACUCCUGUGCAGUCACCAUCUGCAUCUUCUCACCUGCCAGUGGUGGAGUCUCGCUAUGAAGAACUCUGGUUCUACCCCACCACUAGUACAGGCGCCAGGAGCAGCAGCAAUAAAGCCCAGUCGAUCUCACUCCCUUGGGCACGGCCAGUUGUGCCUGUUUGGAUGCCCAGCCAGGUCAAUAGCACCAUCUUCGAUUUUAGCUCGAAUUCUCAUGGGUGCUGGGCUGGCGCACUAGACCGCUGUACCACCCAGGAGCUCCUCUGAGUGGUGGUGGUGCUUCACACUUAGUGUAGAAGAAGUAGAACUGCUGCAGCGCCCUCUUGCAGCUCACGGUGCGUUUACGUAUUCACGAUUUCUCUCAGCUUGACAUUGUGAACGUCAGGAACACGACGGACUCUGUAAGAAAGACGUUUUUAUUAUUAAAC